AUGACAGCCAAAACAGAAAGCAGCAAUUUCUAUCCACAGCCCGCAACCGGGUCCUCCCGCCCAUUCUGGCGAACAACACCGCACGCACUCGACAACCACCGCACAACCGAAAACCUACCCUCCGAAACCGACAUCCUGAUUAUCGGCGGUGGCUACGCCGGCGCCUCAACCGCGUAUCAUCUUUUCCAGGAAGGUAGCGCGCCGCGGGUGGUGCUGCUCGAGGCUCGGGAGUUGUGCUCCGGCGCGACGGGUAGGAACGGUGGCCAUUUGAGACCGGAUCUAUACGCAAUCACGUCCAAAUACGCCGAGCGCUAUGGUCUCGAAGCUGCCGUGGAAGUCGUCCGAUUCGAGAUGUCGCAUCUGAAAGAGAUCGCGAAUCUGGUCGAGAAGGAAAACAUCGACUGUGAAUUCACGCUCGCCCGCUCAUUGGACAUCUACAUGGAUGAGGACGAGCUAGCGAAGCGCAAGGAAUUCGUCGACUAUCUCCGUGUCCAGGGUCUCGACUUCAUGGAUGAUGUCAAGUACAUGUCUGAACAGGAAGUGCAAGAAAAAGCCCAUGUCCGCAACGCAAAAGGCGGCUUCAGCUUCUCAGCCGGCCACCUCUGGCCCUACAAACUAAUAACCCAACUCAUCACCAUCGCCCUAUCCCACGGCCUAAACCUCCAAACACACACGCAGGUCCUGGAAAUCGGAUCAACCCGCAAGAACGGCCUCUGGCCCGUAACAACAAACCGCGGCACAAUUAACGCACAAAAAAUAAUUCUCGCGACAAACGCAUUUACCAAAGCGUUGGCACCCGAGUACUCUCAAGCGAUAAUCCCGUGCAAAGGUCUCUGCACGCAGAUUGAAGCGGCCCCCGGAAAACCGUUCCAGAGGCUACCGGAGACGUAUGCUAUUCGUCACGGGCCGGGUGCGUUCAUUUACCAGAUCUCCCGCAAAGAUGGGUCGAUCAUUGUUGGAGGUGCGCAGUAUCGGUACAAGGAUGAUUUGGGGGUUUGGUAUGAUAACUCGGAUGAUGGGUCUUUGAUUCCGCAGGUCGAAGGGUAUUUUGAUGGAUAUAUGCAGCGGACAUUCUUUGGAUGGGAGGAUAGUGGGGCGGUGGUUAAGCAUAAGUGGACUGGUGUUAUGGGGUAUAGUGCUGACUCGUUGCCGCAUGUUGGAGAGGUCCCUGAGAAGCCCGGGCAGUUUAUUGCGGCUGGUUUCAAUGGGCAUGGGAUGCCGGUGGUUUUUCUUUCUGCGAAGGGGGUGGCGAAGAUGGCGUUGAAGAGGGUUUCGUUCAAGGAGACGGGUUUGCCUAGGUUGUUUGAGACUUCGAUUGAGAGGCUAGAUCCGAUUUAUAAUGAUAUUUUUGGGUGA